CAUGCAUAACGAAACGCGCACGAGCAGCGAGGAAAAGCCCCGAACAUGCACGCCGAUAACCAUCAAAUGACACCAAACACGUGCUGUCAUAUUUAGCUGGUCCGGAUCCAAAAUUAAUUCAGAGCUUUGUCGCGCGUUAGAGUUCCUGUUUGACAGGUACGACUUACAGCCUGUCCGUGUUUGCACCCUGUCAAACUUCUGGGGACGCACUUUGUAAAAUGAGGUUGGGAAAUAUUAUUUUUUUCGUCGCUGUGUGCUCUUUUACCGCGUAUUAUAUUUAUGAGCCCAUUCCUGAGGAGAUAGAGGAGAGAUGGAAACUCAUGUUGACCAACUCUUUCUUCAGAAGUGUCAGCCACCUGGCAGACCUGAGUGAGUUCCUGGGGCUUAAGGACUACAUGGGGGUGAUGUACUUCAUUACGCUGAUUGAAAAUGUAGCACCCGUGUCUGAUGAACACGUCAAAGUGACCGUUGAAACAUUUGAUGGAGUGGAGGUGUUGGUGUACCAGUCGAAGCAGUGGGGCAGUGACGCUGAGCUCAGAAGAGCCAUUAUAUACCUGCACGGUGGAGGGUGGUGUCUAGGGAGUUCCCGAAUGAGUCCGUAUGAUCUCCUGGCUAGAACAAUGGUUACUGAGCUAGAUGCAGUGGUUCUCUCUGUAGAAUACAGACUAGCACCUCCUCACCAUUUUCCUGUCCCCUACGAGGAUGUGUACCGUGUGGUCAAACACUUUCUCCAGAAGAGGGUGCUGGUCCAAUACUCUGUGGACCCAGGACGCAUUGCUGUGUCUGGGGAUAGUGCUGGGGGCAACCUAGCAGCUGCCGUGACACAACAGUUACAAAAAGAGCCUGGGCAGCAGGUGAUGUUGAAGGCACAAGCACUUAUCUACCCUGUACUGCAGGCACUGGAUCUUAACACACCUUCCUAUCAGCAGAAUCAACACAUGCCUAUUCUGCCACGCACCCUCAUGGUGCGCUUCUGGAGUGAGUAUUUUACCAGCGACAAAGCCUUUUUCAGAGCCAUGAUGGAUAACACUCACAACAACCCAGUGUCUUCCAAUCUGCUGAAGUUUGUCAACUGGAGCGCCUUUCUACCAGAAGCCUAUCAUGGAAAGUACAACUACAGUGCUCCCGCUGUGUUGCAGGGAGUCAGGGAGGAUGCUGGGAUGGACGGACCGUCUCGAUCCCUAGCUGACCCCAGGGCGUCACCCCUGCUGGUUCCAGACAAGGACUUACACUCUCUGCCUAAGACCUACAUUCUGACAUGUGAAUAUGAUGUUCUACGAGAUGAUGGGAUCAUGUAUGUCACACGGCUCCGUGCUGCUGGUGUAGAGGUGACACAUGAACACUAUGACAAAGGAUUUCAUGGAGGGCUAAUGUUCACUGUGUGGCCAACCGACUUCAUGAUUGCACGCCUCAUGACGGACAAUUAUAUCAAAUGGCUCAAGGAAAACUUGUAAGAGCUCUCUAUGAUCAAUAUCCAUUCCAUUUUUUCCAAAUAAUGCACCAUUAAUCAGCCAUUUUUUCCAACUAUUUUUGUGUUACUUUGUUUCUCAUAUGUAGAGACUGGUAUUCCCUUACCCCCCGUAGGCACAUUCAAUAACAGAGAAACCAAAUUUUAAAGUAUCGAUCAGAUAAUCUGAAAAUAGAUGUUUAAUACAGUACCAUCUGCCAAGUUGAUGCUCAAGUGUAAUAAUGUAAUGUUUUUAAUAAUGUUUUUUAUCCAAGCUAAUGAAACUACACAGAUCUUAGUGUAACUGUUGAACAUCACAAAAGUUUUUUUUGUGGAUAUUGGCAGCUGCUAAUUGUUAUUUCCCACCAAAGAACCUGCUUGUCAAUUUGAUGCCCUGUUUACACGACACCUUUUCAGGUGAAAACCGAGACUUUUGUAGCGUUUUGGCUGUCCGUUUACACUAGAACGGCGUUUUGGCACCUGAAAAUGGAACAAUUUGGGAACGGACUGCAGAGUGAAAGUUUUUCAAAACGCCCCCGUCUCCAUCUCUGUGUAAACAGGGAAAACAACACUUUCUGAAAACGCGCACUACACAGUCAGCUGUCAAGCGUAAGUGUUGCGGCACUCUGAAGCGAGCCGUGGCAGCUUGAGUCUGUUGUAUUUUACUUUGAUUCAGCUUGUCAUGUCACAGACAGCUGGGUUUAGGAAAGGGGACACAUUAUUCUUGUUUAGAGGGCUAUCAGUGCCAGUUUCUUUAGAUAAAGUCAUGCUAUUAAUAUUGGAAAUGAUUACUUUGACCUUUUUUAUCGAUCAUCAUCGCUGCCAUCAUUAUCGUAGUGGGCAGAGAAAUUUCACGGCUCAUAUUAACACAAAAAAUGCUUCGCUAGAUCAGUCUUGUUAUAAUGUAGAUAUCCGCUGAGAAUAAUUAAUUCCCCACGGACAAAUUCAGCUCCUACAGCCUGUAACUUCUGGUGGAAUUUCUCAUAAAGCGUGGCGCUGCUCAUGAGCGCACCUGAAGCCUUUUUCUAGAAUGAUAAUUUUCCUAUAUAUCUGCUUCUUGGAAAUGAUUUAGACUUUAUCUUUUUUCUUUAAGUUUUAAUAACUAACUUCAGCCUGUAGACUCCUCUGUCUGCUCCUCCACCGGCUACAUAUAAUGCACAGCUGAUGGAGGAGACAGGAUUAAAGCUUCCAUGUUAAGGUUAAAAAAGAUAGUUAAUCACUUCCAAGAAGCAGAUUAAAUUGAAAAAGGGGAAGUAGAAAUAUUGUUCGAAAAAGGCUAUCAUUCUUUUGCUGCACUAAAAGCAGGAAGCGCUGCACUUUCAGAGAAAAUCCACAAGAAAUCAAAGGCUUCAGGAGAAAAAUGUGUCCCUGGAAAAUCAGUCUCAACAGGAUUUCGUUAUAGUAAGUCUGGUCUUGCAAUGCAUUUUUGUGUUUAUAUGUGCCAUAACAUUUCGCUGCCACACUAGGAUGGUGAUGAGGAGGAGGAUUUAGUGAUGAAUUACUCUCACGCACACGUGUAUGAUAAAAAUGUUACAUAUUCUCAAAAACACAUGAAAACACUGUCCUUGUGGUAGAGACAGUUUUAUUGUGCAGUAAAUCACCUUACUACAGCGUUUUUCUUUUUCCUGCGUUCUCGUGUAGACAGAGAUUGUUUUCAAAACGUUGCCGUGUAAAUGUGAAACUUCUUGGAAACGAAAACGGAAAACGAACAAAACGUUGUCGUGUAAACAAGGCAUGUGUCUCCAUAAUCUGGCCACAAAAUUGAGACCCAUCUGGGGUUUGAAGAGUUAACAGCUGAAGUCUGUCAAUGCUGGAAAUGCUUUCCAGAGCAGAUAUUAGAAUCAGUUUGGCCAAAGUUAACAUUUAUCCCUGCCAAUAGCGGCACAACAGUGCUUGAGUUGUUUAAAAACCCCAAAACUCUAGAGUAUGUAAUAUUUCAUCAAAGAUUGUCAGAUCCUAUUCUGUUAAAGUAAACAUCCACAAAAACAGGACUGACCCUAACCCAACAUGACACAACAUGUUUAUUUUGGCUGCCAGGGUUAUUCUCACUGGAACGGAAAAUUAAUUGAUUAAUAUUGACAAUUAUCCUUACUAUCACAUAUCUUCAUGUAGUCUUAUUUUGACUGUUUCAGAUGGGUGUUCGAUGAUAGAUUCUUUGGCUUUGAAAUUGUUUCACAUCAGGGCUACACAUGAUGGAAACGUAUCAACCACAUUCCAGUGAGCAUGAUGGUAUAUUAAUGAACAAAGACAAUUUUGUGACGAUAUACCUCCAAACAUCAUUUGCAUCAUAUCAUCGAAGAGAGGUAUAUCUUCAUCAAACUGUUAGUCCCUGAACUUCUGGGAGCAGCUUUUAGGGGGAAUGAGACUGCAAUCAGUGUUCUUGGAGACCAAUGAUCAUAAAAUGUCAAAUAAAACGAUUCUCUUGACUCUCAGAUUUAUCUUAUCACUCAUCAUUCAUAUUUCAUAUAUGUUUACUUAUCACUAUGACUCACUACACAUGAAACUGCUCGUAUAAAGAUAACAGGAAAACAAAGGGUACCAAAAAUCAUCCAUGCUAUAAAUGUCCCUGUCUGUCCUUAGUGUCUCACUGUUCUUUAUACUCUAUAGACUAAGAUCACUCGUGUUGGUCAGUUGUAAAAUAGAAAGUCUUAGUUGUAUUAAUGGCAUUUUAAUUUGUUGCAGGAUUUUUUUUAAUAACCAUUUGUUUUACUAUUUCCUUAUUUUUACAAACAAAAUACACACUAUGUAAUUUUUCAAAAACUGACAGCUUUAAAGGUUUUA